CGUGCUUCCCGCAUCCCCACUCACGACACUCACGACCUGCCGCUGCGAUGUCUCAGUCUGCGUCGAUGUUCGUGAAGGCCGCGCUCGCGCUCGUGCUCCUCGCGUCGUGGGUGCAGCUCGCGCUUGGGGCGCCCACCGCGCUGCUCGCGGGCCUGGAGAAGCGGGACGUGUUCGUGCCGCCGGUGCUGUACCCGCACGCGGGCACCGUCUGGACGAAGGGCCAGCGCCACAACGUCACCUGGGACACCUCGAGCGCGCCUGUGAACAUCACGAACAAGGUCGGCACGAUCCUCCUGCGCAAGGGCGACCUGGCUACUCCGCUGGUGCUCGCGUCGGGCUUCGAUAUCCUGCUCGGCCGUAUCGAGGUCACCGUGCCAUGGGUUAUCCCCGACUCGGACUACAGCGUCGUCCUGUUUGGCGACUCGGGCAACUUUAGCCCGGAGUUUACGAUCAAUGGUCCAGCCGUAUUUUGAUCGCGAUCCAUCUGCGACGAGUGCGCUUGCCGCACAUCUAGCUAGGCAGGGUGUGUGUGUGCAUGGACAGCAGGGCAUGAGUUUCGAGUUUCGCUUCGUUCACGAACGGUUACGGACUUGACAUGCACGUUUUGUCGAUGGACAUAGCUAGCCCACAUAGGGUUCCCACACUGAUACGACCAAGAACUCUUUACGCCACGGACUGUUCUGUACAUUAGGUAGUUGAAGUGACCCAAUUCGAAGGUUUAU